GCCGCAGCUCUCACUCCGAUUCUCCAUUUCAAUCAAGCUUCACGACUACCUCAACCGUCACCACCGAUUCCCGCCACAACCUCCGAUAGUCUCUGAUGCCUUCCCCACCACCGGCACCGGGCCUCCUCCCCCGACGCCACUCGGUCACCGCCCUGCUGCCGCGUCUCCGCGUCGCCGCCGGGCCGGCCUCGCCGCGCCUCCUCCUCCUCCAGUCCAUGGCGCUCGUCCUCACCUCGGGCCUCUCCUCCCACCCGGCCCUCGCCUCCCGCCUCCUCAACUCCCUCCUCCCGCACGUCCCGUGCCACCGCCUCCCCGCACUCCUCCGCCUCCUCCCGCGCGACCACCUCACGCUCCUGCUCCUCUCCUCCGUCAAGCACCGCCGCCACGCGCACUCCCUCCCCGCCGCCUGCGCGCUCCACGCCCUCGCCCUCGCCUCCGGCCACCUCCCCUCCGACCUCCGCCUCGCCAACUCCCUCCUCUCGCUCUACCUCUCCCUCGGCUCCCCGGCCUCCGCGCGCCGCCUCCUCGCCGACAUCCCCCGCCCCGACACCGUCACCUGGAACACCCUCCUCCGCGCCUGCCUCCGCAUGGGCCUCCUGCCCGCCGCGCGCCGCCUGUUCGACGAAAUGCCGGAGCGGGACCUCGUCUCGUACAAUUCCAUGCUGGCUGGGUACGCGGCUGAGGGGGACGUGGUCGGCGCCCGGGAGCUCUUCGCUGAGAUGCCAGAGAGGGACGUGGUUACGUGGAACUCGAUGCUCGCUGGUUAUACUCAGCUAGGGGACAUGGAGAGCGCCAAGAAGAUGUUCGAUGCAAUGCCAGUGAGGGAUGUUGUGUCGUGGAACUCGAUGCUGGAUGGGUACGCCCAGGCCGGGGACAUCAAGAUGGCGCGAAUGGUUUUUGAUGGCAUGCCAAGGAGGAGCAUUGUCUCGUGGAAUGUUGUUCUCGCAUUAUAUGCAAAGGUGAAAGACUGGCGCGAGUGCCUGAGGCUGUUUGAUGCGAUGAUGGCUGUGGGGGAAAGCAUUCCAAAUGAGAAGACGUUUGUGAGUGUUCUGACGGCCUGUGGUAAUUUGGGAGAUUUGGAGAGGGGGAAAUGGGUGCAUGGCUUGGUCCGCGAGAGGUGGGAGAAACUUGUGCCAGACGUACUACUGUUUACUGCACUGCUGACAAUGUAUGCCAAGUGCGGGGUGAUGGGGACAGCCAAGGAGAUAUUUGAUUCGAUGAGCGAAAAGAGUGUUGCAUCCUGGAACUCAAUGAUCAUCGGGUAUGGAUUGCAUGGGCAGAGCGAGAAAGCCCUAGAGUUGUUCAUGGAGAUGGAGAAAAAUGGGCCUCAACCGAAUGAGACGACUUUCAUAUGCAUUUUGAGCUCGUGUGCUCAUGGAGGCCUGGUGCUUGAAGGCUGGUGGUGUUUCGAUAGGAUGGUCAGGUUCUACAAUUUUGAGCCCAAGGCUGAGCACUUUGGCUGUAUGAUGGAUCUCCUUGGUCGUGCUGGACUGCUCAAAGAUUCAGAGAAGCUCAUCAAUAAUUUGCAGGUGAAGGUUUCACCUGCAUUAUGGGGCACUCUAAUAGCAGCCACUCGAACUCAGGACAGCUCCAAAUUUGGAGAGUUUGUUGGAAAGAAAUUGAUUGAAAUGAAGCCAGCAGAGUUCAGCUCCUACGUGCUUCUGUCAAAUAUUUAUGCUGCAGAAGGCAGAUGGGAUGAUGUUGAAAAAGUGAGAAAGGUGAUGAAGGAGAAGGUGGUGGAAAAAGAUGUAGGGAUGAGCCUUGUAGGAUCAAGUGAGCCUCAUCCUGAUGCUGAAGAUGGCAUUUCAUUUCAAAAGAAUUCUGUGAUGCUCUCGAUGUUGGGUGAGAUGGGUCUGCGUGUGAAACAACCAUCUGAGGUGUCAGACUAUCGGAGGGAAGCUUGUUAGUUAUUGUUUGACACUGCCAACAGAGUUUAUGCACUCUAUUUUGCAUUUUUGCUAGGCAUAUUCAGGAAGACAAAUGCCAAGUGGGGAUGCUUACGUAUCAGUACCUCAUGGUUGCUGAUAGUUGCGCAGUUGUAGAUUCUUGGGAGGGCUUACCCAGACAUGGUGGAUUUACAGUUAAGCAGAUGGUCAUGCUGGUCGUCGUGACCAUAUACUUCCAAUGUGAUGGUGCAAGACUUGUCUGUUGGGAUUAUCUAGAAGCAGAUUGAUUUCUCCGACUCAUGGGAGUGGCAGGCAAUGAUUUUUUGUGCUUGGGAGCGCUCCGUGGAAUCUGGUGUGGAAUGGAGCAGCAGGAACGCUGCCAAACAAGGUCCUCCGAGAUGAUUUGUCACCACAUUUAUCUUUAUCUUAUAGUUUACUGCCUGAAAAUCAACAAACUUUGUUCCCUCAUGUAGCCAAAUAUUUUCUUCACUAGGAUAUGUAGUUGACAAGCCCUUGUUUGAAAGAUUACCAUUGUUGUGCUUUU